ACAUCCUGGUCACAUGUUUGUGACAUCACGAGCGCCUUAAAGGAAGUGUUUACUGCAGUGGUUCGGCUAUAAGCUCUGACAGAAAAAUGGUAGUGUAUGAGUGCAACGUAUGCAAACGGUCUGUGUUCACAGGCAGGAGGAAACACGUUUAUGAACGAAGUCAUAGAGAGCGGCUUGCGGGACUGCUAAAGGGAUUCAGCAGCAAGGUUGCUGGUGCACGGAAAAUGAUAAAGGUUGCCUCUGUUGUAAAAUAUGAUUCUCUGGAACAUGAGCAAAGAUUCUGGUGUUACUGUUGUGAAGAAGAAGUUAAAAGACACACUAGUGAUGGCACCCUUACAGUGCUGUAUGGUGGUAUGCUGGAGCAUAUGAAAAGUCCACAGCACAAAAAAGCAGUGAAUAAGUUCUGGUGGAUACAUCAAGCAGAGAGGAAUCUAAAAGAACAAUUUUUACUUACAUCUGAAGAAUAUGAAAGGUUCAAAUCAUCACUUAUUAAAGCGCUAGAAAACUAUGAGGAAACAGAAGAUGUUCUCAUAAAGGAGGUUGCGGCACAAAUUCGAGAGGUUGAAUCUAGCCGAUUUGCAAUGUUGCAGUCUCUUCUAGAGGUUUGUUUCCUGAGAUCCAAUGAACAGUAUCCAAAUCAGUUGGUCCAUAAAAUGCCAGUGACUCAGCCUACAGGAGAGGAAGAGGUCUGGAGCAAUGAUGCUCAUUUAACAGGCAGAGCUACCACUUGUAUAGAAGCAGUACCAACAGAUUGUGAUGAGGCUGGGCCCAGUGGAAUCAACAAUAAAGCACUUGGAAUUCCUCCUACAGGAAGUGGACCUUGUCUUACAUUUGUCGGGCAUCAGGAGAUGCCAGUGAAGGGGAAUGUACACACAGGUGCACUCCCACCUUGGAUGAUUCCUGAUGAAGAAGAUGGGACUGAGGCGGUGCAAGAGAUUGGCCCAUCGUUUGAAGAAUUUCUUAAACAAAAGGAGAAGAUGAAGCUAAAGAAACUUCCUCCUAACAGAGUAGGUGCAAACUUUGAUCACAGCUCCAUUACAGAUGAAGAUUGGCUCCCCUCAUUUGGAAGGGUGUGGAACAGUGGAAGAAGGUGGCAGUCUAGACAUCAAUACAGAAGUGAGGAAGGCAAAGCUGCAAAAAAGAAGAGGCGUGAUGAGGACUAAUUGGCAGAACAAUCUGUUUCAAAUAAACUGUUUACAGCACAUUCCAUUCUGCAAUAUUUCUGUGUGGCUCCAGACAAUGAAAUAUAAUUUGCACACAAAUUGGACACUAUGUAUGUAUGUAUGUAUGUGUAUGUAUUUUGUGUGCUGACACCUACAGUUAGUAAUUUGUAUUGUUUGUGAGUAACUAAAUGCUUUUGAUGGUGGUUUCUUAUUCUAUACAAUGAAGUCUGAUGGAUCCCCCUGUGAA